AUAAGAAUGGCCUCUAAGAAAAUUGGAAAGAUUCUUUUAAAGAAUUCGGCUUUAUUUCUGUGUGACAUGCAAGAAGGGUUCCGAAAAACGAUUCAGUUUUACCCCCAGAUUUUGAACGUGUCAAAUCGAAUGUUGUCGGCUGCUAAGGUUCUAGAGAUGCCAGUCAUUGUUACAGAGCAGUAUCCAAAAGGACUGGGCCCAACAGUUCCUGAAUUAGAUGUCAGUCCUUAUAAAGUUUUCCCGAAGACCAAAUUUUCCAUGAUUUUACCAGAAGUAGAAGAGGAAUUGAAGAAAACACCAGAUAUAAAUACUGUUGUAUUGUGUGGUAUAGAAACACAAGCCUGUAUACAGCAAACUACUCUAGAUUUAUUAGAACAGGGUUUUAACGUACAUGUUAUAGUGGAUGGAUGUUCUUCACGUAGUAUGGUAGAUAGAAUGUUUGCGUUUGACAGAAUGAAAGAAGCAGGUGCCUAUUUAACAACCUGUGAAAGUAUGAUGUUAGCCUUAUGUCAGGACGCCAAACACCCGAAAUUUAAACAGAUUCAGAAACUAAUUUGGGAGCCUUCCCCUGAUAGUGGACUGCUAGCUACCCGAGAUAAUGGUACACCAGUGUAAGAACCAGAUGCCACUCAUAAUAUUUGGUUGAUGUAAUUUUGUUAUAUUACAAUGGAGACAAAUACCAGUUAAACAAAUAAAUUGUAAUCUUAUAUUAGAUUGGAGAUAAUGAUAACCAAAUGUAAGGACAAGAUGCUAGUUAAUAUAUUGCUGAAACUUGAUUUGUUUUAUAAAUGAAGAUGAAAAAAAUAGCCAAAAAAAAGAAAGAAACUGAAAUUUUUUUGAUCUUCUGAUAGCUAAUUUGUUUGAAAGGGGAAGUUUUUGCCAGCUUCAAAUUAAAAAUAAUUGUCAAAGAAUCAGGUCAUUCUUCUGAUUUAUUAAUACUCUAAACACUGUAAAAGUUUUUUUUUAAUGAAUUAAUUUAAAAUUAAUAGAGAAAGCCAUCUUUGUUUUAUGAAUUUUAUUUACUAAUAUUAAUAAAAUUGUUAAAUAC